UUGAACCCUCGAGAGCACGCCAAUGAUUAUGAUGCGGUUGGUUCGUUCCAUUGGAACGUAUAUCGCCGUCGCUCGCCACUUUUCUACGGAGGCGGCGGUACAGAAGGCGGCACGAACAGACACCGCCGCGAGCUCCAGCGGCGGUCGAGAUACGCUGGGGCGGAGGCUUUUGAGCCUUGUGUACGCAAAACGCAGUGCCGUCGUCACCAUCAAUAAAUGGAAGGAAGAGGGUCACGCGCCCCCUCGCAAAUACGAGCUCAAUCGCAUUGUUCGUGAGCUCCGCAAGAGCAAGCGCUACAAACACGCACUCGAGAUAUGUGAAUGGAUGACCUUGCAGAAAGAUAUCAAGCUAGUGCCAGGAGACUAUGCUGCCCACUUGGACUUGAUAAGUAAAGUUCGGGGUUUAAACAGUGCAGAAAAAUUCUUUGAGGAUCUUCCUGAUCGAAUGAGAGGCCAACAAACCUCCACUGCUCUUCUUCAUUCCUAUGUCCAGAAUAAUUUGGUUGACAAAGCUGAGGCACUCAUGCUGAAAAUGUCACAAUGUGGCUUCUUGGGAUGUGCACUUCCUUAUAAUCACAUGAUAUCUCUGUGCAUCAGGAAUGGGAAGCUAGAAAAGGUUCCUAAAAUUAUUCAGGAUUUAAAGAUGAACACUUCGCCAGAUGUUGUUACUUACAAUUUGUGGUUAACUGUUUGUGCCUCGCUGAAUGAUGUUGAAACUGCAGAAAGAGUACUGCUUGAGCUAAAGAAGGCGAAAAUAGAUCCGGACUGGGUAACAUAUAGUACAUUGACCAAUUUGUACAGAAAAAAUGCUUGCGUUGAAAAGGCAGGAUCUACUUUGAAAGAGAUGGAGAGUAAAACCUCACAGAAAACUCGAAAUGCAUAUUCCUCGCUCCUCAGCUUGCAUACAAACAUGGGGAAUAAGGAUGAAGUUAGUCGAAUAUGGAAGAAAAUGAAGUCUUGCUUUCGCAAAAUGAAUGAUGAUGAGUACCUUUGCAUGAUAUCAUCACUUGUGAAGCUUGGAGACUUUGCUGGAGCUGAGAAUCUCUAUAGGGAGUGGGAGUCUGUUUCUGGGACCAAUGAUGUCAGAGUUUCCAAUAUACUUCUUGCUUCUUACAUUAAUCAAGGCCAGAUGGAAAUGGCUGAAACUUUUUGUAAUCAGAUGGUGGAAAAGGGCAUCAGUCCUUGUUACACUACAUGGGAGCUGUUUACAUGGGGGUAUUUGAAAAAGAAGGAUGUGGAAAAAUUUAUCCAUUAUUUUAAGAAAGCUAUUUCUAGUGUGAAAAAGUGGAGUCCCGAUCAAAGGCUAGUACAAGAAGCAUUCAAAAUCAUUGAGGAGCAAGCUCAUAUUGAAGGAGCAGAACAAUUGUUGGUUAUCCUUCGGAAUGCUGGCCAUGUGAAUACAAAUAUAUAUAACCUAUUUCUCAAAACUUAUGCAACAGCUGGUAAAAUGCCUCUUAUUGUUGCUGAGAGGAUGAGAAAGGACAAUGUUCAGUUGGAUGAAGAGACUCAUAGGCUCUUGGAUCUAACGAGUAAAAUGUGUGUGAGUGAUGUUUCAAGGAUUCUGUCCUGAGCGCCCAUUGAAGAAGUCUUAAGAUAAAGUGGAGGACUUGAACAAUUUUUGGCUGUGAUUUUUCAUAGUGUUCGUCCCAUUUGUGAAUAUAAUAAUUGGAUUGUUCAUGUUUGUGAACGUAAGAAACCUCAGGCAAUGAUACCAAUUUUGAAACCAGGUACUGAAGCUUGAUGUCGGAGGCAGAAUAAGUAGAUUUCCCUGGUUCAACUACUUCAAUCUAUUCAUGAUGGUAUGUUGGCAACUUGUCACAAUUUUUUUGUUUUGGUACAUUGUGGGGAUGGAGCCCAACUUGUCACAACUUCAAUGCAUGCCACUGCUGAUCUUUCUUUCAUACUAAUCAGGUAGCCUCAAAAAUUUAUGGAAGUUGGUUAGGCUUGCAAAAGUUUCUGCUUGUUAUUGUUGUUAUCAUUGAUUCUCAAACAAGCAGUGAGUGGAUGAAGUCUAUUUCCCAGUUACCAUAUUCAAAGAAUUUUUCAGAUCAUUUUUCUUUUGUAACUGCAGUUUUUUGUUUUGGGGAUUGGUAGUGUUGAAAUUUCUUAAACGGCCUCCCAAACCCCCUAGGAUGAGGGUUUUAUUGACCAAAAUCUUGAGUCUGGAUGUGUAGGCAGUUUCGCUCCCUGUGUUUCCUAUUUUGGUACGUAAAUGUAUCUAUUUAUUUCGGAUAUGUAUGCCCAAGAAACUCAACCUUUAU